CUUUUUCGUUGCCUCUAACACUUGCUUCUUCUAUUCCUCCACCACUCCCAUGUCCCCUCCUCACCCUCACAGCUACUUCUCCAACCUCGGCCUCGGCUACUCCAUCGCCAUAGCCCUCGCCUUCCUCUUCCUCCUCUCCACCCUCCUCCUCUCCUCCUACCUCUGCUGCCGCGCCCGCCGCAACCGCACCCGCGCCGCCGCCCAAGCCGCCUCCAGAGCCAGGUCUGCCGACGGCGGGGUCAUCCUCCCGCGCGUGAUCUUCGUGGCCGAGGACGAGGACGAGGAGGAGGAGAGCGCCGCCGUGGGGCUGGAGCAGAGCGUCAUAAACUCCUACCCGAGGUUCGAGUUCAGUAACAGGGAGGGCGCGCGGAGCAAUAACACCACGUGCUCCAUUUGUUUGUGCGAGUACAAGGAUUCGGAGAUUCAUCAUUCAUAUUUACCAAAACUGCAAAGGAGAGAAUCAGAGGAAGCUCCACACAGUUUUCUUCGGAAGCGUAUCGGAAGGGCGAGCUGGUUGAGUUGUAUUUGGCAUGGAGGAAGCUAG